AGAGCCUCCUGCCAGUCUUAACUGCACUUUUGAUGCUCAGAGGCAUCUUUGGUAGGAGCAACUGGUUUGUUUUCUGGCAUCUUUCUAGAUCUCUGCCCAAGGUCUGUGAGGACACAGCUGCAGCAGUUAUGGCUGCUGGGUUCCUGAUUAGAAGAAUAUUGCUGAUUUGCUUGUUCAGUGAGGUGAACUACUCCUUAGCUUUUCCAAGAGGAAGAAGUUUUUUGCAUCCUAGAGUCUGGCAGGGUAAAGGAGAGGAGCCACAUGAUUUAUCUGAGCAUGGAACUAGUCGCCCUAUCCAGUACAUCCAGGCUCCGAGUGUAUCCCCUAGAAGCAGGCAACCUAAUGUCCAGGAUCAGGUCAAUGACAAAUGGCAGAAUCCCCAAGGCAGUUUGAAUGGAGUCCCCAGCCGUGUCCGUAUAAAAAGCCGACCCAUCUUGUAUCGACAAAAGCUGAGUCCAGAUGAGCCAUCAUCUGACGCUGGCUUCAGGAGGCCACAGGAAAUCUCCUCACCACAGAGAAACAAUCUGCCAUUACAGCCCAGAAACUUUGAGUUCAGUGUGAAGAUUCCUGUUAGCAACAUCUUAAGCAUAAUCAAAGAUACCAGUCUGACAAGUCCUUCUGAUUCUAGUGUCCAUUUGAACAAAGGUUUGUCAAAAGAUGGGAGAACAGAUUUCAGCUCAUCUGUUCCAAAUUAUCCAUCUCAGUCCCCCUCCAGCAGCAAUGUUGGUUAUUCAACAAAUCUACAAAUACCACAAAGUGCUGGUUUUGUUCAGAAUAAUUACAUGGAGCAAGCAAAUCCUCAAUCAAGUUCAACCCAGAUCACAACCGAAUGGACUAACUUAAACCAUGCAGGUACUGUGCAGCAACAAACCCAACAUCAGGCUUCUGAACAAGUUCAAUCAAAACCUACCAAUAACAAACCAGUUGCCUUUUCACUGGGUCAAUCUAGUCAGCAAAUGAAUCCUAUUGAGCAAAUGGAUCCAGUUAAUUUACCUACCCCACAGAGUCUGGAGUUUCCAAAUCCAGGUGUGCCAAACGAUCCUCAAUACCCCUCAAGCAGCAGUGUUGGUCAUUUAACAAAUCUACAAAUACCGCAAAGCACUGGCUCUGUUCAGAAUAGUCACAUGGAGCCAGCAAAUCCACAAUCAAGUUCAACCCAGACUGGAAUAGAAUGGACUUCCUCAAACACUGCAGGUCAUGUACAGCAACAAACUCAACAAGUUCACUCAAAACCUACCAAUACCUUUCCAGAUGCCUUUUCACCAGGUCAGUCUAGCCAGCAAAUGAAUCCUACUGACCAAACCGGCCACAUUAAUUUCCCUGCCCCACAGAAUUUGAUGUUUCCAAAGCCAAGUGUACCAAAUGAUCCUCAAUAUGUUGAUCCAUACAGCGGAUACACCAGCCCCCAAAUAAAUCGAACAAGAGAUGAAGACCAAACAAAUGUGCAACUUACUUUGUCUCCACCCCAAUAUGAACCCAUUCCUAGUGAUAUUCACAGUGGCAAUAACUAUGCUCAAACAUGGCAGCCAGUUCAUACUCCUCAGUAUAACUGCCCCCAGUAUACACCACCCUGUGAUUGCUCACAAAAAGAGACUGCCCCUCAUGCAAGUUCAACCCCCAGUGUUGAUCCAUCCCAAUAUGAACAUCCAACAUUUUACAACCGGGAAGUUGCCAGCAGCGCAAGUCAUGAAACACUAAAUGCAGCUGCGGUGGGACAGAACCGUAACCCUUCCUUUUCUCCUCAUCAGCACAGUAGUGAUUCACAAGGUACUAGCCAACACUUCCAGCCUCAGUCAACUGACCGUCAAACGCAAAUGAGACUUGCAGGGCAAAAUGCAGAGAGACAGAGUGGACGACCCAGAUACAUCAAACUUUAUAUUGACGUGGACGAAGGCGCUGAUGGCGAAAACAAGUAUUUUACAGAGCAGACGGCCGAACAUGAUUACUUCGGAAGGACCAUGGCAAGAAGACCCAAUAAAAAUCCUAACAUACCUUUUUCGAAGCUUCAGUCUCGGGUUUCAGUACGCCAAGAUCACCUUACUGACCUACUUGACUCCACCUACCCACAUAAAAAGAUAUUACGUCACUAUUUGCCAGCAAAUCCUUUGCAUGUAUAGCUGAGGUUUUGUUCAUGUAAUCCUAAAAAAUAAAAUGACAAACAUACAAUCGACUAACUCCUACAGAACUGACCAUCCAGGUCAAGAUUCAACUGUCCUUCAGCAAGUUUAUCUCAAAUUGCCUUCCAUUCCUCAGAAAUCUGUCUGGUUUCUUGGCUCAACAGGGAGUGUUGCUCUGCUCAAUAGCCCUGUUGAUCUCAAAUUUAUUGGAAACGCUAUCAAAUACCAGGGAACCAGUGUUCCUGUCAAAGCAUAUGGUCUCUGGAAAUCCCAAGAUGCCUGAGUACGGUGCUUUCACAACACAGUUCAGGAUAUGAGUAAUGGCUGGAGCAAAUAAAGUUCCCUGAAGGACUCUCUCCUGAGAAAAUCAUUAGUUAUUAUCUGCAACUACAGAGGAACACUACAGGACAAGGAACGUGAUUUGAAGCAGUACACUGAGGAUUAUCUACUGUGUCUCCAUUAAAUUGUCUAAACCUG